AAAGUCCCCUCUUAACAAUAAUACUGUUCUCUUCAAGAAAAAGGAACUUACUGACCUCUUUCUUCCUUCCAUAUUUUUUUUCUCCCGUAUUUAUGUAUCCCAUUUAAUCAGUAUUUAAAUACAACUGGUUUUUGAACUAUGUUAGACUCUGAAGUCUAAACAACAUUUCCCCUUAACCAGUUAACUCCUCUGUUUCUUUACUCAGAGCCUGUCUCCAGUUCCCCUACAAAUUGUUCUUUUUUAACUAUUGUUAUUUCAUUAUUCAAUUCAUCACUGAUCACUUGGUCUAGGACAUAUUUCUGCCCCCCUUCUUCCUAAUGUUUCCAUCCACAUAAAUAAUAUUUUCAGACAGACUUAUAUAUUUAAUCAUUCUAUAUUAGCAUAUCUUACCGACUCAUCAAUAUCUAUUGGGCUUCAUUCCAAAUUACCCCCAAACUUAAACUUGCCUCUCUUUUCUCUCUAUUGCAGCUUUCAUUGGAUGCAAUUGUAGAACCAAACCAACAAUGAGAAAAGAGCAGAAGAUUUCCAAGGUAACCCAUUUUUGUAAACACAUGGAUCAAGUUUUUUUAAGUAUACCGGCCAUUGUUCAGAGAGUUAACCAUUUUGAGAAUCCGUUGCAGGCCUCAUGGCCAAAGCUUGUUGUCAAGAAAUUGUUGAAUAUGAAGAGCUGUCCCGAUGAAUAUCUUUCCGAUUAUGCGAUAACGGGUCAGGGAUCGAUUUCCAUUUUUCGAUUUUCCAGAUAUGAUGAAGAUUGUGAAGAAUUCUUUUUAAUUGCUACAUUGUGAAUGUUGUUAACACCUGGUUUUAACACGUGGGGCCAUUUUUUUUUUACCGGAUCAGGCAAGGUGGAGAAAGUUGAGAGGAGAAGGAAGAGUUGUUCGGAUCAAGGGUCAUACGUGGUCGUACCGGAGGAAAUCACAGGCUCCUUGAUUGAAGAACGUGAUGGCAUCGAACGCCCAAGUGUUGAAGAUGACGGACCAUCGGCGAUUGAUGAUCGCAAUCUCAGGAUGUUCGUAGGGACGUGGAACGUUGGUGGCAAGGCACCCCAUGAUGGGUUGACUUUAGGUGAUUGGCUGAGAACACCUACACCAGCGGACAUAUAUGUCCUUGGCUUUCAGGAAGUUGUCCCUCUGAAUGCCGGAAACGUACUGGGAGCCGAGGACAACGGUCCAGCAGCAAAAUGGCUUUCCCUAAUCCGGCAAGAGUUAAAUGGUCACGACUGCGCCGGAGUUGAUACUUCCGGCGAAUCCCGGCUAAACAAUUCAUUUUCACAAUCUUCAUCCGACCAAGAACCCGACGUUGUAAGUCAACGGAUCAGCUUCUCGGACUUACUCUCAUUGGAAAAAGAACAAGCGCCGGACCAAGAAGCUUCAGUUAGUCAAAGGAAACCUAAAUAUUGUCUGGCUGCAAGCAAACAGAUGGUGGGAUUAUUUUUAUGUGUGUGGGUUCGUUCAGAUCUCCGACCGCACAUUUCAAGUUUGAAGGUUUCAUGCGUCGGAACCGGCAUCAUGGGAUACCUCGGAAAUAAGGGAUCAAUAUCAAUCAGCAUGAUACUGCUUCACACUAGUUUCUGCUUCGUGUGUACUCACUUGGCAUCUGGAGAGAAAGAAGGUGACGAGAUCAAAAGGAAUUCCGAUGUUGUUGAUAUUUUGAGGAAAACCAGGUUUUGUCACCCAUUGAGACUAAAAGGUCAACUACCUGUUCUGCCCGAGGGAAUUUUAGAUCAUGAAAAGAUAAUUUGGCUAGGAGAUUUGAACUAUCGACUUGCACCUAAUGGUGGAGACGCAAUUGAGCUUCUCAAAAGGAAUGAUUGGCAAACCCUCCUUGAGAAAGAUCAGUUAAGAAUCGAACAAAAAGCUGGUCGUGUAUUCAAAGGUUGGGAAGAAGGGAAGAUUCAAUUCGCUCCAACGUACAAAUACAGAAAAGAUUCCGACGAUUACGUUGUUCAAACAUCCACAUCUAAAGAGAGGCGAAGAACUCCCGCCUGGUGCGACAGAAUAUUGUGGAAAGGAGAGGGAUUGAAGCAAAUGUGGUAUGAAAGAGGGGAAUCAAAAUUUUCAGAUCACAGACCAGUUUCAUCACUGUUCUUGGUUCAAGUAAAUGCAGCUCAAACCAAUUACUAUGAUAAAGCCGCAUCAUCAAUUGGUUCUAACACCAACAAUACCUCUGCAUCAGCCAGAUUCCAAGCUGAGGAGUUCUUAAUUUUGUCCAAAGAUGCAAAAUUCAUACAGACCGCUCCUCUGCUGAAACUCACAACAAGUUAGUGUAUGCUACAUAUAUUUCACAAUUUGUACAGAAAAUGGGAGAAAAAAGUCACAAAAAAAAAAAAAACAAAAAUGCAUUUGGCUUUAGCGAAUUGAAGCUCGGAAAUCAAAGUCCAUAAUUGGCUUAACAUCCCACAAGGGCUAAGUUGCUGGAUUCUGGCAUGUUUUUGGUUUGUAUACCAGUUAAUCAUAACGCCCGAGCAUGCGGCUUCAAGACGUGCAACAGUGCCAGUGGGAUUUCUGAGACAUAAACAAACGUGAGAUCGUUUUGUGUGCGAAUGAUGGCUUUGAUCCUUGUUGGGUUCUCUUUCUUUUUGGUGGGGGAAGACUGUAUAUUGGGGAGCAUGUGUUUGAUGGAAUGCGCAAGAGAGAAAGAGAUUGCCUGAAUUUUUCUGAAUUGCUCAGCCUUUGGAAGCGAGAGGAUUGUUGCGGUUCAGCUUUUUUCGCAUAGUUGGUUAGUUUAGUGUGCUUUGGGGCUAAAUUUUUUUUUUUUUUGUUUUUAAACUUUCUUUGGAUGAAAGUAGUGAUGGAGGUUGGGCUUGUAAAUGGAAUGUGGGAGUGGGCAAAACAAUGUUUUUGUGAGGUAGUUUGGGGCCUGUCCAUAUUUUUAUGGGCUCCUUAUAGCCUCUUUUCAAUUUUGUCAGUAGUUCAUUAGCACUUCUCAAUGGUGUUUUUUUACGAAUGAGAGGACUCUAAAAUGUAAUACUAUUUUCCUUUUUAUGAAGCAAAAGCCACAAUGUGAUUAACACACAGUUGAAAAAUUAAUUGACGAAUCAGUUUUGGU